AUGGCCCGAGGAGGGCGCAGAGAAGGCCCGAGGAGGGCGCAGAGAAGGCCCGAGGAGGGCCCGAAAAAGGGCCCGAGGGGGGCGCAAAGAAGACCUGAGGAGGGCUCAAAGAAGGGUGCGGAGAAGACCCAAGAAGGGCCCGAAAAAGGCCCGAGGGGGGCGCAGAGAAUACCCAAGAAGGGCCCAAAAAAGGCCCGAGGGGGGCGCAGAGAAGACCCAAGAAGGGCCCGAAAAAGGCCCGAGGGGAACCCGAGGGGGGCGCAAAGAAGACCCAAGAAGGGCCCGAAAAAGAGAAGGGCCCAGAGGAGGACCCGAAUAAGGGCCCAGAGGAGGACCCGAAUAAGGGCCCAGAGGAGGACCCGAAUAAGGGCCCAGAGGAGGACCCGAAUAAGGGCCCAGAGGAGGACCCGAAUAAGGGCCCAGAGGAGGACCCGAAUAAGGGCCCAGAGGAGGACCCGAAUAAGGUCCCAGAGGAGGGCGCAAAGAAGGGCCCAGAGGAGGGCGCAAAGAAGGUCCCAGAGGAGGGCGCAAAGAAGGGCCCAGAGGAGGGCGCAAAGAAGGGCCCAGAGGAGGGCGCAAAGAAGGGCCCAGAGGAGGGCGCAAAGAAGGGCCCAGAGGAGGGCGCAAAGAAGGGCCCAGAGGAGGGCGCAAAGAAGGGCCCAGAGGAGGGCGCAAAGAAGGGCCCAGAGGAGGGCGCAAAGAAGGGCCCAGAGGAGGGCGCAAAGAAGGGCCCAGAGGAGGGCGCAAAGAAGGGCCCAGAGGAGGGCGCAAAGAAGGGCCCAGAGGAGGGCGCAAAGAAGGGCCCAGAGGAGGGCGCAAAGAAGGGCCCAGAGGAGGGCGCAAAGAAGGGCCCAGAGGAGGGCGCAAAGAAGGGCCCAGAGGAGGGCGCAAAGAAGGGAAAGAAAAUAUUCCAGGCAACAAAAAGCUGAAACUUCGUUUUGGGAGCUUAUAGUGCUUUUGGAAGCCCGUUAA